CGCUCUCUUGCCUCGCUCGCCCUCCCCGGUGUCUCUCUCUCACACUUUUUCAAUCCUCCACGUUGACAACAUAGCACUCUCCUCUUCUGCACACUAGAAGCAGCAGUACAGUACACGUUGGUCAAUACCCAUAGCACAAGCACCACCAGGCAGAUAUACACAUAAAACACACAAUGUCCACCGCAAACCUCAAGUCUAUCACCCGCGAGGAGGUCGAGAAGCACAACAAGAAGGGCGACCUCUGGAUCGUCAUCGACUCGAUCGUCUACGACCUCAGCAAGUUUGCUCGUCUCCACCCUGGUGGUGAAGGUGUCCUCUACGAUGCCGAUGUCGCCGGCCAGGACGCCACCAGCGUCUUCUACGGCCUCCACCGUCAGGAGGUCCUCGAGAAGCCCCAGUACCAGCGUCUCCGUAUCGGUGUGAUUGAGGGCGAGACGCCCAAGGUCAAGCCCUUCGUCGCUGGCGAGCUCUCGCGCGUGCCCUACGGCGAGCCCACGUGGCUCACGCCCCCCUUCAAGAGCCCCUACUACAAGGAGUCGCACCGCGCCCUCCAGAAGGCCAUGCGCAAGUACGUCGACGAGGUUGUCUACCCCGACGCCCAGGCGUGCGAGGAGAGCGGCAAGCGCGCCUCGGCCGAGGUCCUCAAGUCGAUGGGCGAGGAGACUGGCAUCAACCGCAUGCGUCUCGGCCCCGGCAAGCACCUCCACGGCCACAAGCUCAUGGGCGGCAUCGUCAAGGGCGAGGAGUUUGACUACUUCCACGAGUUGAUCAUCACCCAGGAGAUGGUUCGUGGUGGCGCUCGUGGUUACGCCGACGGUCUCAACGGUGGCAUGGUCAUUGGUCUGCCCCCCGUCCUCAACUUUGCCAAGGAGCCCCUCCGCACCAAGGUCCUCACCGAGGUCUUCAACGCCGACAAGGUCAUCUCGCUCGCCAUCUCGGAGGCGUUUGCCGGCUCGGACGUCCAGGGCCUCCGUUGCACUGCCACCAAGUCGGAAGACGGCUCGUACUGGACCAUCAAUGGCACCAAGAAGUGGAUCACGGGUGGUAUGCACUCGGACUACUUCACCGUCGGCUGCCGCACCGAGGGUGGCCUCACCGUCUUCCUCGUCCCCCGCGGCGAGGGUGUCGAGACCAAGCCCAUCAAGACGUCGUACUCGGCCGCUGCCGGUACCGCCUACAUCACCUUUGACAACGUCAAGGUCCCCUCCGAGAACAUGCUCGGCCCCGAGGACGGUGGUCUCCUUGUCAUCCUCUCCAACUUCAACCACGAGCGUUGGGUCAUGUGCUGUGGCUCUGCCCGUGGCUCGCGCUUCAUUGUCGAGGAGUGCAUGAAGUGGGCUGCCCAGCGCCAGGUCUUUGGCAAGCCCCUCCUUGCCCAGCCCGUCAUCCGCCAGAAGCUCGCCUUCAUGCUUGCCAAGGUCGAGUCGCUCCAGGCCUGGCUCGAGAGCGUCACCUACCAGCUCUGCCAGAUGUCGUACAAGGAGCAGUCCAAGUACCUCGCCGGUCAGAUUGCCUUCCUCAAGAUGCUCUGCACGCGUGUUUCGGGCGAGAUCGCCGACGAGGCUGUCCAGAUCUUUGGUGGCCGUGGUAUCACCAAGACUGGCAUGGGCAAGUUCAUCGAGCAGCACCAGCGCACCCAGAAGUUCGACGCCAUUCUCGGUGGUGCCGAGGAGGUCCUCGGUGACCUCGGUGUCCGCCAGGCCAUGCGCGCCAUGCCCAAGGACCAGAGGCUGUAAAUGUAAGAGAGGUUAUACCGCUCGACUAAUAGGUGCACGGACGACGCUGCCGACUACUUUUGUAUUCCUGUCUUGUAUUGAACAAACAGCCAGGCCAUAUGUGAACAUGAUUGAAGGGAA